GGUGGGGAGACUCAUGACUGACGCCCUCUACCAGCCGUCAGGGAUGACCUACAAGUAUGGGACGGCCUGGGAACUUCUCAGAUACGCUGCGAGCGGCGCAGCAGAGGACUGGGCCCUCAUCUACAAGCCAGGCAUCUACGCCUACUGCUACGAGCUGAGACCUGACGAGUACAGCAGCACUGCCUUCCUGCUUCCCGCCUCGCAGAUCGUGGACCAGGGAGAGGAGUACUACGACAGCAUCGCCGUGCUCGCCCAAGAAAUGAGAGUUUGAGUUUGAGUGGUGAUGAUGAUGAUGAUGAUGAUGAUGAUGAUGAUGAUGAUGAUGAUGAUGAUGAUGA